AUGUCGGGGACUGCCUUCAGCGGCGAUGAGACGGCUCCGUUCUUCGGUUUCCUCGGUGCCGCGGCGGCGCUCGUCUUCUCCUGUGAGUACGCCUGCCGAUCUCCCCCAGGAUCGAUCUCUGGGGUUCAAUUCGGGAUGUUUUGACGCAUCUUUGGUUUGCAGGCAUGGGGGCCGCCUAUGGAACGGCUAAGAGUGGGGUUGGGGUCGCGUCAAUGGGUGUGAUGCGGCCGGAAUUGGUGAUGAAGUCCAUUGUGCCCGUCGUCAUGGCUGGAGUGCUCGGGAUCUAUGGAUUGAUCAUUGCUGUUAUCAUCAGCACUGGGAUAAACCCCAAGGCGAAGUCGUACUACUUAUUCGACGGUUAUGCCCACCUCUCGUCCGGCCUAGCCUGCGGCCUCGCGGGGCUCUCCGCAGGGAUGGCGAUUGGAAUCGUGGGGGAUGCCGGAGUCCGGUAACUCUUUUUUUCUGACUUCCUUCUUUUCUGAGUCUGAAUCUCGUGAGAUUGAUUUAUCUUGACACUUCAGUCUUCGUUCUAGUUCUCUUCAAUAUCGUGGUUUAUUUGCGGGGAUGAUUACCUUAGAAACACACAAAUCUCUGUGAUUUGACGAUUUUUAGGUGAUUUUUGUGCUGAUCUUUUUGAGAUAUUUUUCAUGGAUUCGCAGUAGUUUUUUUAUGAGAAUUGCUGAAUUAAAAUAUUUGAGAGGAAGCUCGAGGACCUAUGGUUUACAGAUCUGUUUGGAGAUCAUCUUAAAUCUACAUUUUUUCAAGUCAAAGAACCUCCUAGGUUCUGAUCGUUGCAUCUGUUUGUUCAUGUUCUUAAUCUCAUUCUCUUCUCGAUCCUUUUAAGAGUGUUUUGUAUUUAACUACGCAUCAAGAUUUAUUUAUCCAUCAAUCACUGAAAAAAAUUAAAAUUUUAGCGAAAUUCAUUAGAGGUGGGGAAAAUGUGAUCACACUGCUGAGUUGAAAGCUGUUCCCGUGUCAUGGUUGCUCAAUCAAUGAUAGUUCUAAUGAUUGUAGAAAAAAUAUUUCUGGAUAAUUAGCGUAUCAUUUCUUUAGCUAUUCACAUAAAAAAAUAAAUUGCGAAGCUGAUGAUAGCUAUUACACAAACACUGUCUGUCAAUGGAAGGGAAUUUCUUUUCCCGUCUUUUGACUUUCAUGGUUGUUGAAUCAGUGAUAGUUAUAUUGAUGGUAGAAAAUAGAAAAUAUUAAUAAUUACAUGGCACUUUUGUGUUGGAAGUUUUGCUUGCUGAAUUGGUGCUUCUGGACAAUUAGCGUAUCAUUUUCUUUACUUAUUCACAUAAAAAGGAUUGCCAAGGUGAUGAUAGCUAUUACACAAACACUGUCUAUCAAUGGAAGGGAAUUUCUUUUCCCGUCUUUUGACUUUCAUGGUUGCUGAAUCAAUUGUAGUUCUAUUUAUAGAAGAAAAUAUAAAAUAUUGUUAAUUACAUACCAUUUAAGUGUUGGAAGUUUUUGCUUGCUGACUUUGUCCUUCUGGGUAAUUAAGCAUAUCAUCUUCUUUAGCUAUUCACAUAGAAACAAAUUGCGUAGGUGAUGAUAGCUAUUGCACAAACACUGUCUGUCAAUGGAAGGGAUUUUUUUUCCGUUUUGACUUUCAUGGUUGCUCGAUCAUUUAUGGUUCUAAUGAUGGUACAAAAUAGAAAAUAUUACUUAUUACAUGGAAUUUUUAUGUUGGAAGUCUUGCUUGCUGACUUUGUCCUUCUGGGUAAUUACCGUAUCAUUUUAUUCAAUUAUUCACAAAAAUAAGAUGCCAAGGCGAUGAUAGCUACUGCACAAACACUGUCUGUCAAUGGAAGGGAUUUUUUUUCCGUUUUGACUUUCAUGGUUGCUCGAUCAUUUAUGGUUCUAAUGAUGGUACAAAAUAGAAAAUAUUACUUAUUACAUGGAAUUUUUAUGUUGGAAGUCUUGCUUGCUGACUUUGUCCUUCUGGGUAAUUACCGUAUCAUUUUAUUCAAUUAUUCACAAAAAUAAGAUGCCAAGGCGAUGAUAGCUACUGCACAAACACUGUCUGUCAAUGGAAGGGAUUUUUUUUCCGUUUUGACUUUCAUGGUUGCUCGAUCAUUUAUGGUUCUAAUGAUGGUACAAAAUAGAAAAUAUUACUUAUUACAUGGAAUUUUUAUGUUGGAAGUCUUGCUUGCUGACUUUGUCCUUCUGGGUAAUUACCGUAUCAUUUUAUUCAAUUAUUCACAAAAAUAAUAUGCCAGGGCGAUGAUAGCUACUGCACAAACACUGUCUGUCAAUGGAAGGGAAUUUCUUUUUCCUUCAUUUGACUGUCAUUUAUAGUAAUUACUAAAAGAGGACCAUGUUCGAGCGAUAUGACCCACCCUUUCUAUCACCUCUCUGUGCGUGCGCGCAUUCUGUGAACAUCGUAUUGUUUACAUGUAUUUAUUGAUGUGGUACAUUUGAAAGGAGAAAAACAAUGUCAGUGUAAAUACGUCAAUAAUCAAUUCUAGAGCAUGGUCAAACUUCAGGGAUAACCAUAGUGUCAGCAUUAUAUAAGGUUUCUCAUGGUUAAUCCAUCUUUGAUAGAACCAGCAUUUACUAUUUUUGCUUACCAGCAUUGACUUUCUGUACAAAUAAGUGUGUAAAGAGUAACUGAUAACACAAUGACCGCUUUAUCGUAUCUGUCUGAUAUUUGUCAAAACAUCUGUUUUGUGUCUGAUAUCGUCUCUCUCUCCCUCUCUCUCUCUCUCCUCUCUCUCUCCCCUCUCUCUCCCCUCUCUCUCUUUCUCUCUCGCUCUCUGAAAGGGUGGAGUCUGUGGUCUUGCAGGGCGAACGCACAACAACCGAAACUGUUCGUGGGGAUGAUCCUCAUCCUCAUCUUUGCGGAGGCUCUGGCGCUCUACGGGCUCAUUGUCGGCAUCAUCCUCUCAUCGCGGGCCGGUCAAUCACGGGCCGACUGA